AUGGGCGUGCCGAAGGAAUUCGACGAUAGACAAACAUCACUUGAAUCUGAGGCCGAAACAUACCACCCGUAUGAAUACCAGACAGAGAACAAUGGCUCUUGGGCUGGUGCCCUGCCGGUGAAGCAGGGUCUCUAUGAUCCUUCGCUAGAGAAGGAUGCUUGUGGUGUCGGUUUCGCCUGUCACAUCAAGGGUGUUCCCAGCCACAAGAUUGUUAGCGAUGCACGAAACCUGCUCUGCAACAUGACCCACCGUGGUGCGGUGGGUUCUGACGCUCGCGAUGGUGACGGUGCAGGUGUGAUGACUUCGAUUCCUCACAAGUUCUUCAUCAAGAACUUUGAGCGUGAGGUUGGCAUUAAGCUGCCCCCUCUUGGCCAGUACGCUGUCGGAAACUUGUUCUUCAAGCCCGACGAGGAGACCCUUCAGGAAUCGAAGAGGCAAUUGGAAGAUAUUGCCGAGUCGCUGGGCCUUAGAGUCCUGGGAUGGCGAGAGCCCCCCGUUGACUCUACUCUUCUUGGCCCAGCCGCAAAGUCGCGCGAGCCCAUCAUUUUGCAGCCCUUUGUGGUGCUUACCUCCGCAUACGGCUCUGGAGAUGCUCCUGAAAUCACGGACCCAGAGAAGUUUGAUGAUAAACUCUUCGAGAGGCAGCUGUACGUGCUGCGCAAGCGUGCCACCAACACCAUUGGUCUUCACAACUGGUUCUACCUCUGCUCCCUGUCCAACAGAAACAUUGUAUACAAGGGACAGCUGGCACCAGUCCAGGUCUACCAAUACUAUCACGACUUGGUGAACGCCGACUACCAGGCUCACUUUGCCUUGGUGCACUCUCGUUUCUCUACCAACACCUUUCCCUCAUGGGAUCGUGCGCAGCCGCUUCGAUGGGCUGCCCACAACGGUGAGAUCAACACCCUGCGUGGUAACAAGAACUGGAUGCGUGCCCGCGAGGGUCUCAUGCAGUCCGAUAUCUUUGGCGAUGAGCUUGAGCACCUCUACCCCAUUGUCGAGGACGGUGGUUCCGAUUCUGCAGCUUUCGACAACGUCCUGGAGCUGCUUACCAUCAACGGCGUCCUUUCUCUGCCCGAGGCUGUGAUGCUGAUGGUUCCAGAGGCAUGGCAGGGCAACACUGCCAUGGAUCCCAAGAAGGCUGCAUUCUACGAGUGGGCUGCUUGCCAGAUGGAGCCCUGGGAUGGUCCCGCCCUGUUCACCUUCGCUGAUGGUCGCUUCUGCGGUGCCAACCUCGAUCGUAACGGUCUGCGCCCUUGCCGAUACUACAUCAUGGACGAUGACCGCAUCAUCUGUGCAUCAGAGGUCGGUACCAUCCCUGUCGAGCCUGAGAGGGUCAUCCAGAAGGGACGUCUCCAGCCAGGAAAGAUGCUGCUGGUCGACACCCAGGCCGGACGCUUGAUCGACGACGCUGAGCUCAAGGCUGCUGUUUCCAACCGCAAUGAUUUCCAAUCUUGGAUCGACAAUGAGCUCAUUACCCUUCCCAAGGUCUUGAGCCAGGCCACCGAGAGUGGAUUGGACAUUGCCCCCAAGCCUGAUGCCAGCAAGCUCCAGGAGGACCCCUUGCUGCUUGCAUUUGGUUACACUCACGAACAGGUCAGUUUGCUCUUGGCUCCCAUGGCUUCCGAUGAAAAGGAGGCUCUGGGAUCCAUGGGUAACGAUGCUCCCUUGGCCUGUUUGUCGCAGGCGCCUCGUCUGCUCUAUGAGUACUUCCGCCAGCUGUUCGCCCAGGUUACCAACCCUCCGAUCGACCCGAUUAGAGAGUCUAUCGUCAUGUCGCUCGACUGCUACGUCGGUCCUCAGGGCAACCUGCUUGAGAUGGACGCAUCCCAGUGUGGACGUCUGCUGCUUCCCAGCCCUAUCCUCUCAAUUCCCGAGUUCAACUCUUUGAUGAACAUGUCCAAGGCCCACCCCGGAUGGACCGUCAAGACUAUUGACCUGACCUUCCCCAAGAGCGAGGGAGUUGCCGGCUACCUCAAGCACCUCGACUACAUUUGCAACGAGACCACUGCAGCCAUCGAGGCCCGUGACCGUAUCAUUGUGCUGUCUGACCGCAAGACCUCGGCCGACCGCGUGGCCGUCUCUACGCUUUUGGCCUCGGGUAUGGUUCACCACCACUUGGUUAACAACAAGUGGCGAUCAUUGGCUGCAAUUGUCCUCGAGACUGCCGAAGCUCGUGAAGUUCACCACAUGUGCGUGCUUCUUGGCUACGGUGCUGAUGCCAUCAACCCUUACCUCGCCAUGGAGUGUAUCAUCAAGCUGAACCGUGAGGGCCUUAUCCGCAAGAAGCUCUCUGAUGAUUCUCUCAUUGCCAACUACAAGCACUCUUGCGAUGGUGGUAUCCUCAAGGUCAUGUCCAAGAUGGGUAUCUCCACUCUCGCCAGUUACAAGGGUGCUCAGAUCUUUGAGGCUCUGGGUCUUGAUGACGAUGUUGUCGAGAAAUCUUUCCGUGGCACCGCCUCUCGUAUCAAGGGUGCCACCUUUGAGAUCAUCGCCGAAGACGCUUUCCGUUUCCACGAGCGUGGUUUCCCUUCGCGUUACACUGUUGGCGUCACCGGACUUCCCGAGUCUGGCGAGUACCACUGGAGAGAUGGUGGCGAGGCUCACAUCAACGACCCCACAUCCAUUGCCAACAUCCAGGACGCCGUCCGCAGCAAGAACGACAAGUCGUACGAGGCAUACUCGCGCUCAGAGUAUGAGCAAAUCAAGGCUUGUACGCUCCGUGGAAUGCUCGACUUCAAGUUUGACGAGUACACCCCCAUUCCCAUCGAUCAGGUUGAACCCUGGACCGAGAUUGUCCGCCGUUUCUGUACUGGUGCCAUGUCCUACGGUUCCAUCUCCAUGGAGUCUCACUCUACCCUCGCUGUAGCCAUGAACAGACUCGGAGGAAAGUCCAACACCGGUGAAGGUGGUGAAGACCCUGAGCGAUCUCAAGUCAUGGCCAACGGUGACACCAUGCGAUCUGCCAUCAAGCAGAUUGCUUCUGGACGUUUCGGUGUCACCUCUGCCUACUUGGCCGAUUCUGAUGAGCUCCAGAUCAAGAUGGCUCAGGGUGCCAAGCCUGGUGAGGGUGGUGAGCUGCCCGGCCACAAGGUUUCCAAGUCCAUUGCCCGGACUCGUCACUCGACCCCUGGUGUCGGUCUCAUUUCGCCGCCACCUCACCACGAUAUCUACUCUAUUGAGGAUUUGAAGCAGCUGAUCUACGAUCUGAAGUGCUCCAACCCCAGAUCUCGUGUCUCUGUCAAGCUCGUCUCCGAGACCGGUGUUGGUAUUGUCGCCUCCGGUGUCGCCAAGGCGAAGGCUGACCACAUUCUGAUUUCUGGUCACGAUGGUGGUACUGGUGCCUCGCGAUGGACUGGUAUCAAGUAUGCCGGUCUUCCUUGGGAACUUGGUCUGGCAGAGACCCACCAGACUCUUGUCCUCAACGAUCUCCGUGGCCGUGUGGUUGUGCAGACUGACGGUCAGCUCCGCACUGGUCGUGAUGUCGCCAUUGCUUGUCUGCUCGGUGCCGAGGAGUGGGGUUUCGCUACCACUCCCCUGAUCGCCAUGGGUUGUAUCAUGAUGCGCAAGUGUCACUUGAAUACAUGCCCCGUCGGCAUAGCGACACAGGACCCUGAACUUCGCAAGAAGUUCACCGGAACACCUGAGCACGUCAUCAACUUCUUCUACUACGUGGCCAACGAGCUGAGAGCCAUCAUGGCGCAGCUCGGUUUCCGCACCAUCAACGAGAUGGUAGGCCAUGUCGAGGCGCUCAAGGUCCGGGACGACCUCCGCACCAACAAGACUGCGAACAUUGAUCUUUCGCUCAUCUUGACUCCUGCUCACAAGCUCCGACCUGGUGUCGCCACUUUCAAUGUCCGCAAGCAGGACCACCGUCUCUACGUCCGAUUGGACAACAAGCUUAUCUCGGAGGCUGAGCUGACGCUUGAUAAGGGCUUGCCCAGCAGAAUCGAGUGUGACGUUGUUAACACUGACCGUGCCAUGGGUACAUCCCUGUCUUACCACAUCUCCAAGAGGUAUGGUGAGGCCGGUCUGCCCCUGGACACUGUUCACGUCAACAUCAAGGGAUCCGCCGGUCAGUCCUUCGGUGCAUUCCUAGCACCUGGUGUAACUCUCGAGCUGGAGGGUGAUGCCAACGACUACGUCGGCAAGGGUCUGUCUGGUGGUCGACUGAUCGUGUACCCACCUCGAAACGCCGUUUUCAAGGCCGAGGAGAACAUUCUGAUCGGAAACGUCUGUUUGUACGGUGCUACCACUGGUACUUGCUUCUUCCGCGGUGUUGCUGCCGAGCGUUUCGCUGUCCGUAACUCCGGCGCCACUGCCGUUGUUGAAGGUGUUGGUGACCACGGUUGUGAGUACAUGACUGGUGGUCGUGUGGUCAUUCUCGGAAGCACCGGUCGCAACUUUGCUGCCGGUAUGUCCGGAGGUAUCGCAUACGUUCUCGAUAUCAACGGCGAUUUCGAAUCCAAGCUCAACAUGGAGAUGGUUGAGGCAUCUGGCAUUGAUGACCCUACCGAAAUCGCAUUCCUGCGUGGCUUGAUCGAGGACCACCACCACUACACUGGAUCCGAGCUGGCUGCUCGCAUCCUGGUCGACUUUAACCGGGCUCUGCCUCGCUUCGUCAAGGUCCUACCCGUCGACUACAAGCGCAUCCUCGAGGAGGAGGCUGCCAAGGCUGCCGAGGCCAAGCGUGCCGAGUUCAACCUUCCUGUCCUGCCUGGCGUCAAGCCCAAGAAGGAAGAGAAGGGAGCCAAGCUCCAGGACAUGGAGGAGGCUGUUGGUGACAACGCAGCUGAGAAGAAGCGCGCCCUCGUCCUAGACAAGACCAAGGGUUUCAUGAAGUACCAGCGACGAUCCGAGAAGUACCGAAGCGCCAAGACACGUACCAAGGAUUGGCAGGAGUUGUCUACUCGUCUUGAUGAGGACGAGCUCAAGUACCAGUCGGCCCGUUGCAUGGACUGUGGUGUUCCCUUCUGUCAGUCCGAGACUGGAUGCCCCAUCUCCAACAUUAUUCCCAAGUGGAACGAGCUAGUGUUCCAAAACCAGUGGCAGGAUGCUCUCAACCGCCUGCUGAUGACCAACAACUUCCCCGAGUUCACCGGUCGUGUUUGCCCUGCUCCUUGCGAGGGUGCCUGUGUUCUGGGCAUCAACGAGGACCCCGUGGGUAUCAAGUCCAUUGAGUGUGCCAUCAUCGACCGCGGUUUCGAAAUGGGUUGGAUGGUCCCUCGCCCGCCCAAGGUACGCACUGGCAAGACUGUCGCCGUUAUUGGUUCCGGUCCCGCUGGUCUGGCUGCCGCCGACCAGCUCAACCGAGCUGGUCACCUGGUCACCGUCUACGAGCGUGCUGACAGACCCGGUGGUCUCCUCAUGUACGGUAUUCCCAACAUGAAACUUGACAAGCGUAUUGUCAAGCGUCGUACCGACUUCAUGGCUGCCGAGGGCGUCGUUUUCAAGACCGGUGUGUCCGUUGGUGAGGAUGUCUCGCUGCUGGACCUGAAGGCUCAGAACGACGUUGUCAUCAUUGCCACCGGUGCCACUGUUGCUCGUGACCUGCCCAUCAAGGGACGUAAUCUCGAGGGUAUCCACUAUGCCAUGGAGUUCUUGCACAAGAACACCAAGUCCCUGCUCGACUCUGAGCUCCAGGACGGUGCCUACCUCUCCGCCAAGGACAAGCACGUUGUUGUCAUUGGUGGUGGUGAUACUGGAAACGAUUGUAUUGGUACUUCAGUCCGUCACGGUGCCAAGUCGGUCAUCAACUUUGAGCUUCUGCCUCAGCCUCCGCCACAGCGUGGUCGUGACAACCCUUGGCCUCAGUGGCCCCGUAUCUACCGUGUGGACUACGGUCACUCCGAGGUCAAGCAGCACAUGGGCAAGGACCCUCGUGAAUACUGCAUCAUGUCUGAGGAGUUUGUUGAUGACGGUAGCGGCCGCGUCAAGGGUAUCAACACAGUUCGCGUUGAGUGGACCAAGUCUGCCAGCGGCGGUUGGGACAUGAAGAAGCUCGAGGACACCAAGCAGUUCUUCCCUGCCGACCUUGUCCUCCUCUCCAUGGGUUUCCUUGGCCCCGAGGCUCGCGUUCUCGGCGAUGACAUUGAGAAGGACGCCCGCAAGAAUGUCAAGACCCCUGCUGGUUCCUACGCCACCAACAUUCCUGGUAUCUUUGCCGCUGGUGACUGCCGUCGUGGACAGUCGCUCAUCGUCUGGGGCAUCAACGAGGGACGUCAGGCCGCCCGCGAGGUUGAUCUCUACCUUGAGAAGGUCACCAACUUGCCCGUCACUGGUGGUAUCGUCAAGCGCACCGCCCAGGAGAUCUUCAGUGUCAACGCCUCGUAG